AUGGAGGCUGACCGGAGGCUUACAGAAACUGAUGGUAACGGGAAGAGGCUGGCUCCAAAACGGAAGAACUGGGGAAAGAAUAAAAAGGAACAGACAGCUGUAGCAGAGGUGUGCUCCCUGCGGGGCCCUGUCCACAGACCUGCUCUUCCUCCUGAGUGUGAACAGCAGAUAAUAAUGAAGCUGAGCCUGUCUCCUGCCCUGUCCUCAGGUAGUCGUCUUUUAACUGUGCCAAAAGUCCAAACUAAAACUCACGAUGGCGCACCUCUGAGCGAGCUGUCCUGGUCCUCGUCUCUGGCUGUGGUAGCUGUCUCUUUCUGUGGACUCUUCACUCUGGUUUUCCUCAUGCUGGCCUGCCUCUGCUGCAAGAAGCGCACCAAGGGAUUCAAGGAGUUUCACAAUGCGGAGGGCGAGGAGUACAGAGGUGACCUGUGCAUGGCGUCGCCGUCCCAGGGCAGCCCCGACGUCUACAUCCUGCCCCUCACCGAAGUGUCGCUGCCCGUCGCUAAGCAACCGGCUCGAUCAGUCCAACUCCUGAAGUCUUCGGACCUGAGUCGCCACAGUCUGCUUUACCUGAAGGAGAUCGGACAUGGCUGGUUUGGGAAGGUCUUACUGGGGGAGGUGCACGCCGGACUGAAAACCACUCAAGUCGUGAUCAAGGAACUCAAGUCCAGCGCUGGAGUUCAUGACCAGAUGCACUUCCUGGAGGAGGCUCAGGCAUUUAGAUCCCUGCAGCACCCGGCUCUACUGCAGUGUCUGGCCCAGUGCACAGAGGUCACGCCCUACCUCCUCGUCAUGGAGUUCUGCCCCCUGGGCGAUGUGAAGGGUUACCUGCGCAGCUGCCGAGGGUCAGAGGUCAUGACCCCUGAACCCCUCAUGCUCCAGAGAAUGGCCUGUGACAUCGCCUCAGGACUGAUGCACAUGCACAAACACAACUUCACUCACGGUGAUCUGGCGUUGAGAAACUGUCUGCUGACUGCUGAUGUCUCGGUGAAGAUUGGAGACUACGGGCUGUCCCACGCAAAGUACAAGGACGAUUACUACGUGACCUCAGAUCAGAUGUACGUCCCUUUGAGAUGGAUCGCUCCUGAACUUAUCGACGAAGUGCACGGAAACCUUCUAGUGGCCGAUCAGACCCUACAGAGCAACAUAUGGUCUCUGGGCGUUACGAUCUGGGAGCUGUUUGAAUUGGCCAAUCAGCCGUACAGACACUACUCGGACAGACAGGUGCUAACCUACGCUGUGAGGGAACAACAGCUGAGACUGCCCCGCCCACUGCUCAAAGUGCCACUGUCCGAGCGCUGGUACGAGGUGAUGCAGUUCUGUUGGCUGCAGCCCGACCAGCGCCCCACAGCCGAAGAGGUGCACCUGCUUCUCAGUUACCUUUGUGCAAAAGGAGCCAGCGAAGCCGAGGAGGAGUUUGAACGCCGCUGGAACUCCCUCCGCCCCAACAACAGCCAUACCGCUUUCUGUAGCUCCAACCGGGACCACCAUGCCCCCUCGUCCUCCUCCUUUCCUCUCCUUGAGAACUUUACUGCCGGGGACGGCUACCACUCUGAAUCGGGAGACGACAUUUUAACCGUGACAGAGACGAGCCAUGGUUUAAACUUUGAGUACAAAUGGGAGCAAGCCAGAGCGGCCGAGUCUGUAAACCAAGUCGACCAUCACUGUCAAGACACAUUUUACCCACCAGGGGGCAUAGUUGGAAGCUGCCCAUCUGACAACAUGAGCCAUGGUGUUUCUCCGCCCACUUACUACCAAUCAAAACACCUCCACGCUCCAAGUGUACUUCCUGUUUUGAGUGCCCAUAGCCCGUCAGUUGGUAGUGAGUAUUACAUACGGAUUGAAGAGCCAGUAGACUGCAAUAUGGAUCCUGAUUAUACAAUGUGCUCGUAUAGUCCUGAAUACCAAGGUAGCAGUGGUAGCUUUUUGACAGGUAGUGCCGAAUCAGAGUGUAUCGUUUGUCCCUCGCAAAAAAACAUGGCUCCUUACUGGACGGCGAAUAAAUCUGAAGUUUACGAUUCAAAUGACUCAAGUCCAGCCAUAUCCUUGACGAUGGAACCGCUAAUGGGACAAAUUUCUGACGCCAGCCCGCUACAACCAUGGCAGUCCAGUCACUACGUUUCCUACAAAGACCAAGACGGCGGAUACUACUACGAGCAAUCGCCGCCAGAUCUGUAUUUGAUCGGAAGGGAGCAUCAUCAAGAAAGCUGGGGGUCUCGAAGUUUGCGUCAAGCUUUGGGCGAUUUCGAAAGUCCACUUCGUAUUUCCCCCACGGCGAGUACGCCACCGCAACAAGCAUUUAGAGACACAUAUCUGGACACGACCCAUGCGUCUGUAAUUGGGAAAAAUAUGACCGGCGGAUACUAUGAUAUGAUGGGAUCUUUAAGAAAGACAAUGCCAAGCCAUACGAAACACAACUCCCUCAGCAUCAACAUGGAAACCGAAGGAGCUCUUUACAUCGGACACCAAGACAGCGAAACAGAAGAUGACGAAGAAGAUAUAUUUAUAGAACGACACACUUGCAACACAUGGCCUUCGAAACAUCGCCAUAGCAACCACCACAACAGACGCGCCAGCCAUAGUUGUCGACAAGAUGCGUACGUCGAUUUCCACUACACAAUGCCAACGACCGACAUUGAAGACUCAUGGCCAGAAGAGCAUAACAUCCAAGCGUACCAUUCCUUGCCGAAACAGGUGGACUACCUCGAACCUCGCCUGGGAAAAGACAACAGCGCUUGCCUUAAUUUAAGUAAGCACCGUCCAAUAGUGCCCCAAGACAACGACGCAUAUGUCUACUUGUGCCAUCAAAGUGAAAAUCCUUCGGAAUGCUGCCACUCCCAUUUCAUCGACCCGCUUACUGGCCUGCUGGUGCGAAACAACGCGUUCAUCCAUAGUUAUACCCCUCACAGCAGCUACACACAAGACAAAGCCACCGACGUCCAAUCUAACGACGAAAUGAUCAAUCUGUCUCCAGCUCCGGGGGGUCCAGUUGUUCCCAAACUUGUCCAUAACAAGAUGGUGGACGCCGAAGAGCAGUAUGUGGAGCUUUCUUGCGAUAAUACGCCUUUGAAAGAGAGGAGGGAUGAUGUUGUCAAGGAGAUUGCGCAUAAACAAGUUGAAGCCAAGAUGGAGGAUAUCGUUCUUGCCCAGAAGUCGCCACCUCCUGCGGAUAACAUGCACGUAAUGGUUUCAGAUCCACAGUCGGAGCUGAGUCAGAAUCUUGAUAGUGGUAUGGAUGGUGGUAGGUCGAGCGUUAGCCUUGCCGAUAUUUUAGAUUGCAGCGAUGAAGAUGAGGAAGACACCACAGAUGAUAUUACUGACAUAACUUCUGGUAUUUUUGUUGAUGAAUCUAGCGAAAUGACCGUCUCUCCUGCGUUCAAAUCGCUUCAAAAACAAGUCGGUACCCCCGAUUCCAUGGAUUCUAUGGACUUACCCUCCACAGCUGGAUCUUGUGAAGGUUUAAGUCCCGCUUCGUCUCACCCGUCAAGUUCUCCCAAAGCUAUGGACAGUGGAUAUGAUACGGAAAACAACGAAAGUCCAGAAUUUGUCCCCAAAGAACCUCACGAAACCAGAGACCAAGCAAUGAAUAAUUUGAACGCAAGUCUUGAGGAAGCUGAGGCGGUCGUUAAGGACUUUCAGAUUGAAGAUGUAGAGGAUGACGCAAAAUUAGAUCAAGAUUUAGUUCUGGAAACUCCUCAAAAAAGUGAGGAAACGUUGCAACCAUUAAGCGAGAGCACGCCAUAUCGAGAUUCUGCGUAUUUUUCAGACUGCGAGAUCGAGCGGCAGGCAAAGGACGAUUUACAAGGAAGCAGGGAAGAGGAAACUGAAAUUGAAGAAAGCAAAACCCAAGAAGGAGAGGGGUUUCUGGAUGCUGAAGCCAAUAAAGACCUAAAAGUAGACCAAGAAACUGAAGGAAACUUAUUGGAGCUAGACUCAGUAGAGGGGGCAUUGGAUGAAUGGCCAUCCCAAGAAGAAGCUUCAAAUUUUGGGGACUGGGCGGCCGAAGUGGUGGGCGCCAUGGAGGAAGCGAUUGGUGCUCUUAAUGUGGAUUCAGGUUCCAAUAUCAAAGAUGAUGUUGAAGAAAAGAGCAAAGAUGAAACAACAGAAGAAGUAAAGUCAAUAAAAUGCCAAAAUAAUUCAGGGGGCGCUAGUGAGAUGAUCCACAUUUUGCCCAAAGACGAAGUUGCGUUACAGCAAAACGCACACAUUCGGCGUUUGUCAUCUUCAUCGUCAUCGUCGUCUCCCUCUACUCCACCUCCACCUCUUCCUGCCACAGACACAUACGACUACGAAGAGGAAACAGACAGUGAUGAUUCAGAAGAAGAAGAAGUUCGAACCUUUAACGAACAAAGCGGAGGAGAGGACAGCGAGGAUGAGUGCUACGCCGUUCCUCUGAUAAUCAGCGACGACAGUGACGCUCACAAUCUCAAAAGUCUCCUAAAGAUGCCCACUCUGCUAACAACAGAGAGCAUACAGGAAGAACUGGACCGCAAGAGGAAAACAGUGUCCUUCUUUGACGAUGUCACCGUCUACUUGUUUGAUCAGGAGAGUCCCACUAAAGAGCUGGCUGUGCACGGAUUCGCCCUGGCUUCAGAAGGUCAAAGUUCACGUGUUAAUGCCUCAGACGAUUCUUCAGAUGGAAAUGUCUCAGAGGAGAGUGCAGGAUACGAGUGGGACGAUGACUUCUCUCUGCUCCCACUCCCCACCUCUUCAAGCACCCCAGACUCUCCUCCUCCCCUCCCACCAAGACCUGUGUCCAAACCGGAGACCAAACCAGAGCCCAGACCUGAGACCAAACCCGAGACCAAACCAGAGACUAGACCAGAGUCCAGACCUGAGACCAGACCUGAGACCAGACCUGCAGCCAAACCCACCAUCUCCAGAUUUACUGUGUCUCCGUCCCCUGUUUCCCGUUUCUCCAUCACUCACAUCUCCGACUCAGAUGUGGAUUCAAUUGGAGGCAGCAGUGAAGAUGGAGAUAAAGAGUGACCAGCCUUUGAAACUAAAAAAAAAAAUAAAAAGAAAAAACCCAUUAAAAAAUCGCAUGACUUUUCACAUUUUACUGUAACGUCAGGUUUUAGAAAUACGACAGUGCCUCCUUCGUCUGUGGACACUUUAAAACCUACAAUAUUUAAAAGAAAAGAUUUAUUAUACAGAGUAAGAGAAAAUAAUAUAUUAAAACGUGUAAAGAUUCAACGAGGAUGGGACCUAUCUUUGCGUAUUGUCUAUUUUUUGGAGCAAGAAACAACAGGGAAUGAGAUAUAGAAGAUUUAUGAGUAUUUGGAAGAACGGAUGUCAACUUCGCAAGGAAUUUUUCGCACUUUGAACACAACUGU